AUGGAAGGUGUGCAGUGUGAUUUCAUGCGUGGCAACAACAACGUCGGGAAGGCCGCGAUGGCCGUGAUCUUUGGCCUCGGCGGUGCGUACACGGGCUUCCUCCUCCAAGAGCGGUUCCUUGAAGAGCGCCGCGUUGCCAAGCGCGUCGAAGACGAAGCCCAACGGCGCUUUCGCCUCGAAAUGCAAGCCACGAGCCAGCAAUAG